CAGUCAGACGCCACCGGCAGCCCGUCGUCGACGCGGGAGACUCAAACAAACAGUUAGUGGAGACAAAUAACUGUUACCUGAAUAUAAACAUAGUUAGCUGAGUUAGAUAAGUAAAGGUACGCUGAAAAGAAGCCUGAAAAAAGUCCUGUUCAUCUUUAUGAGCUCUUCUCAUCAGUCUCCAUAAUGAAGACCUCCAAACCAGUGCUGCAGACCUCUGCUCAGGAGGAAUGUGGUGUGUGGCUGGACACUGUGGAGCUGAAAGCUAAAGCCAAACAGAAAAGAGUUGCUCGUCCCAUUUCUAAGCUGCUGAACCCGUUCAUUGAGGGUAGAGGAUACAGUUUGGCUGUGGCGCUCAACUUCACUCAAACCAAAAUAGAAAUGCCAACGACUAGACAGACAUCCAUAUCAUCCUUCUUUGCACCUCAACGCAGAGUUCUUAACAAGAUGUCUUCAUCUGAAGCACCAGCACGGUCCACCUCAUCAUCUACCUCAGCUGAUCCCACACCCAUAGCAUCUGGUACAAAGCGCAGACGUGAUACAGACCGUGAGAUGUCUGAUUUUUAUGACUCAGAGGACCAAAAAGAAAAUGCUGCUGUGGAUCAUGAGUGGAGAUGUAAAAAUGUGACUAAGCCUGAAGCAGCAGUGUGGCAGGAGCAGGAUGAGACAAGCUAUUCGCCUCCUCAAAACGUGUACUGUGAAUUUGAAGAAGAGCAGUCUGAGGAGGUAAAGCUACCAGAAAGAAAGAGAAGACUCAUUGAAACCUCGUCAUUGCCAGGUGACAGUCAACCUGUUCCGCAGGCGUGGAGUCAGGACCCAUUGAUGGCCUAUGACAGUCAGUUUGACCUGACUAACCAGAAAUACACCAGAGCAAAGGACUUUAACGACUCUGAGCAAAGUUUCCUCAACAGUUUACAAAGUGAGGAGGCCUUUGUUACUCGGAUGGAUUUGGAAGGGAAAACUUCUACUCAAAAAUUCUUUAAACACUUCCAUUCUUCUCAGAUAGAUGAUGAGAACGUAUACAGCAGGUCAUUGUCUUCUAAUUCUCCAAGCAAGCACUCACCUCUCUCUCAUCUUGGACCUCUUUCAAAUCGUAAACAGACAGAACCAAAAACUGCAUCACCUCAAAAAAAUAUCCCAGAACAUCUGAGGAAAAAGGCAAAUAAGGAAGAAAUCCUCGACUCCCAGUUCAAAUGGAUAAAACCAAGUAGCUCCCCGUUAAAAAAACGAGCAGCAAAUCAGCAAGGCAGAGAGGUUGAUGAGGACAGUCUGGCCAUGCUGUUCACCCAGGACUCUGAGGGCUUCAGGGUGAUAGCACAUCGCGGUCUGCAAGCCAGGAGUCCACUUAAAGAUCAGAGUAACAUAAGUACUUGGACGGCGAAAAGAAGUUGUGCUUAUAAACCUGUGUUUGAGGAGGACGAGGAAGACGAGAUUCUCUUUACUCAAGAUUCUCAGGGAAAUAUAGUGAUCAAACACUGAGAGAAGACUUUGAAACUUGGUACCAGAUGUUUUACUGUAUGUGGAUUGUUGGUCUGUAGUUUUUUAAGCACAUUUGUGCCUCUUCCACAAUGUCAAAGCUUGAAACCAGUUGUCUUUUCUCUGACUGGCUUCUUACCUUUCUUCAUCUGUAGAUCUUUUAAAACGUUCUGGAGGUUUCAUUAUUUUUUCCAUGUCGGAGCUUGUUUUUGUUUGUUUGUUUGUUUGUUUUUUUGUAAUGCUACAUUAUUUCUUCCUGUUUGGUCUGUUUAUCCCACAACUUCUUUUUGAAAUAACACUGACAAGCAGGAAUUGAGGGUUUUGAUUUUAUUUGAAAAAUGAUACACAAUUACAUCAAAUUGUUUCCAUGUAAAUUAAAAGUUUUGAAAAGUA